AGUUACAACCAAGAAUUUUUACAACUGAAGUGACGUCCUUAGUGAAAAUGGCGCACACCAUUCUGCUUGUGCAGGCAACUCACAAGCCAGAAACAAGGACAUAUUCUGAUUAUGAGUCAGUGAAUGACUGUAUGGAAGGUAUUUGUAAAAUAUUUGAAGAACAUUUGAAGAAGAUCAAUUCGGACUGCCCCUCCAUAACAUAUGACAUCAGCCAAUUAUUUGACUUCAUGGACCAGUUACAUGACCUCAGCUGUGUUGUAUUCCAGAAACACUCAAAGUCCUAUAUUCCACACAACAAAGAUUGGGUUAAGGAAAAGAUCUAUAUCAUGCUAAGGAGACAAGCAUCAAAAUAAGGAUGGACUGGACAUGUAGUUAUAUUUUAGAAUCUGCAUCAAAAUAAGGAUGGAAUAGAGACCUUAUAAAAUAACAUACUUCAAGAUGUCUUAUUCUGGAAGAGUAUCUAGCAUGUCUUCUUUUCGCUGAAGACUCCACAUCUUAAAUGAGAUCUUGUAAGAUUUGAAAUAUCCUGUAGGAAAUGGAGUAUAAAUAUAAAUGUUCUAUGGUAACUAGAUUGGAAAAGUGUGGUGAAGCUUUACAGCAUGAUCAGUAUUCUUUUACUGCAUGAUCUGAAUUCUAGUCUCCAAAAUCUUGUAGCUUUCUAUUCUAUGGAAAGUUUUGAAAGGAAAAUUAUUUUGUAUCCUUUUCUGUAAGAAAAAUCUCCAAGGUACUGCUGAUCAUUAGACUGGUGAAAAAGGUGAAUAUUAAACAAUAGAAUAUUAUGUAUAAGAAAUGAUCAUUAUUUAUCAAAUUGGUGCUCCUUAAAUGUUAAAAUUAAAGAUAUUUUUAAAACUUGAGUCAAAUUUAUUACCCAUUUAUUGUUGAAAUGUGAAUUUAAAUCUUAGUUUACGUGACUGUGCACUUCAGAAAUUUGGAUAACUUUCUUUUGCCAAUUUCACAUAAUUUAAAAGAAAUCAGAAUUUUUUUCAGCAGGAAGAACCCUCAGUUUAAAAAUAGAUGUUACAGGUCGAUUUAGAAACUCACAGGUCUCUGUAGAAAGAAAAAGUAAGGGUUGCUUGAUACAAGGGUAAAAUGGUAAAAGUUUUUUUGUGGUAUGAAAAACCUAUAGAUCACAUUGUUUUUUUCUUUUCAUGUAUCUCUAUAUGUCUAAUUAUUGAAUGUCGGUAUCACGAGUAGGUAUUGAUAUCUAAGGUUGUGACAAGUUAAAAUGGUACAUGUAAUUUAAUACAAUAUUGGAUUUUGGAUACCUUCAGUGUUCCUUACAUCUAACUGUAUAGAAGUACAUGCAUUAAACAUUUUAUAAUGCCUAAAUGGGUUUGAUGAACUAGCUAAAAAUGUGGCCAACUGUAUUUAUCACAAAUGUCUAUAUAUUAUAUCAGCCUUAAUAACACUGUUGAAAGUGUAGAAGUCAUGAAGACAGUAUGAUGACGGUGAUAUGUCAACUUAACGAGACAUUGAUGAUAUAUAGACCCAUUAUUAUUACUCUUGUUUUCCUUAAGUUUUAGUUUAGUAAUUAAGAUUUAUGUAAAUAUCUUUUUACCAUUUUUGAAAUACAGGGAGUUUGGUUUAAGUAUAACUCCUUAUUAUGCUGUAAGCAUCUAAAUAGUACAUUUUGUAUAAUCAUAUGGCAUUUGUUAUUGAUGUUUGACUAGUGUGCACUUAGUCUAUACUUGUAUAUAUGCCUGUCUCGAUAACCAUCACAAGUGUAGAAUGUCUCAAUAUUGUUUUGACAGAUAAGUUGGCUGACUGCACACUUUUGCUUUUGUCUCACAGUUAAAUUGGUGUAGCUUAUCUGCAGAGCUACAAGAAAAGUAUACCUGUAAAUAGAUAACUGCACCACAUUUUUUAUCCAUCAGCAUGUGUUUUGAAUUUUUAAGUUUUAUUACAUUAAGACAUUAUUUCAAUGUUCUCCUUCCAGGUCUGUUACCAACCGGAAAAAAUAAUUAUAGAUAACUAUGUACUUAAAUUGCACUACUGCUAUGAAAAACUACAUAAGGACCAUAUUCAUCAUUUUCAUAAGAUACAAAGCUUUCAGGUGACAUAAUGAUGAAUUAAUAGUGAAGCAGGACGGUAAAUUAAAAAGAGGGUAGGAUAUUUAUAGGGAUUAGGUUGUAGGGGGGUUGGGUUACAGGAGAAGACAAAGAGAGGGUAUUACUAGGAGAUAAGGUCUAAAUGAAAUGUAUGUCUUGAUUCCAUGUCUUUUAUCUGUUUCUUUAAAAAGUUGUAAUCUGGAUAUUGCCAGAUAUCAUCUUUUUGUUUGCCUUAUGAAGAGUAUUAAUGUGUAGUGCUUUUGUAUAUGUUAAUUUAUACUCAUACUUAUUGAUUGAAUUAAGUCUCGCAUGAAUCUUUUCCUUAUAAAAUCCAUUUGUGCAUUAUUUGCUGUUUAUUCUUUUUCUUUACAUCAGAAGUUAUUCUUUAUCUAAAGAUGGAAAUAUCAAAUGUGAUGUAUACUAUGACGAUUAAUGCUUUAUAUUUGAAAUUUGUGCUGUUCAUAUGUCAAACGAAAUAAAUGCUUGUUAACAAGAAAGAGGAA